AAUAUUCGCACGUUCUCACUCUUCCCCAGACUUGUUCGGGCUGGUUAAAUUAAAUUAUUAUACCUUCCGUAAAUCGCACAUUUAAUUACGAAAUUUCACGAAAUUCCUAAGUCAUACUGACGUCACGGGACAGAGAAAGAUGGCGUCGCGAAUUGCAGCGGCUGCCACUGUUCGGGCUGUCAAGAGCCGUAGAAAUAUUCCCAUUCGUGCAGCAUUAGUUUUAUCAUCCAAUGCAGUUAACAAAAUCAAGGAAAUCCUGAAAGGCAAAGACGAAUACAUUGGCCUCAGAGUCGGUGUUAGACAGCGUGGUUGCAAUGGUUUGAGCUAUACUCUCGAUUAUGCUACACAUAAAGACAAACUUGAUGAGGAGGUUCAGCAAGAUGGAGUUCGUGUUAUAAUAGACAGAAAAGCCCAACUGUCUUUACUAGGGACUGAAAUGGAUUAUGUGGAAGGGAAACUAAGUGCAGAAUUUGUCUUCAAUAACCCAAAUAUCAAAGGGACGUGUGGCUGUGGAGAAAGUUUUUCCGUAUAAUGUUAAAUGAGUAUAAAACUAUGUAUGCGAGUCUAUUGUAGGUCAUCAAUAAAUUAUUCGUUUAACAUUCGGAACUUCAAAAGAUCUGGGAGAUGUAAACGUAGUCGUUCAUCUAGAACAUCUUCUUGUGUACUCUGAAAUAAAUUGGAAUGUUAUACAAUUAUCGAAAUUGUGCUUAGUUGAGCACAAUGAGCAUAAGGCUUGAAUAGUUGUGCAGCAAUUAGUCGCAAUUAUUGUUUGUAUAUAAUCUUCGUGUAGAUAUGUUUUGAUUUAUUUUAAGUAUGAUGUCAAGUUGUAUAGUUAGGAUAUACUUUUGUAUCAUAUAUCUAAAAAUGCUGUUGUGUUAUAAUCGUGUAUUUUUGGUGAUGUAAUAUUGAGCUCUCAAGGAAUCCAACAGAUCUAACCAAUUUAUCUGUCAUGUAAUAAAUUUUCAAAUAUUUACCUGUA